AUGAACUCGCCGACUCAUACUAUAGAUCCAGACGGCGAAGUGAUCAUAAUAUUGCGCAAUGCGAACAGUCCGUUUGCACAACUGGCUGGAAAUACAUUUACUAGUAGGGACUCUGACGUCUUUCCGUGGUUGUUUGGUAAUGCCCAAAGUUCUCAUGAGGCGACCGAGGCGACCAAAAUCCUUUUCGAACAGCCAGAGCUGAGUCUCAAGGAAAAGGGGAGGAAUAAGAAGAAGGAAAAGAAAAGAAAGGCUGGCGCUAUUCUGACCGCUCUUGAGUCCACUUCCCCGCCGCUCAUGAUUCUACUUCAGGCUAUUCAUGGUCAAUACUAUCAUAUACCCCGAAAGCUGACCCUGGAGAUGCUCGCCAAAGUUGCUGUUAUAGCAGACUACUAUGAUUGCAAGGAGGCUUUGUAUUUCCAGACAGAUAUGUGGAUCAUGAACGUGGAGGAGAAUAUUCCUACGGCGGUUUCUCGGGAUUUGACUUUAUGGCUAUGGGUUGCCUGGUUUUUCCAACUUUCUUCCCAAUUCAAAUUAUCAACUUCCAUUGCCAUGUCACAGAGCGACGGUUGGAUUGAUAAUUUGGGACUUCCGUCCCAGACACUGUCAUAG